AUGACCCGGAGCAAGAGCAACAUGGACUCGGACGCGGCAGCGCGUAUCCGCAGAGCUCGAGGGGAAAAGGAUCCCUUCAGCAAGCGCGCCUCGGAUGCAGCCCGGCGGAAUGACCAACGGCCCAAAGACGUGGGCGACUCGUCGUCAAAGAGUGGUGGCAGCAGUAGCGGGAGCAAGGGCGACCAGAAGAGCGGCGGUGGUGAGAAGAAAUGA